ACACAACGGAAAUAAAAAUACCCUGCCUGCAAGAGCAGCUGGAGUGCCCGGGGUGAGCGUGGAGCCAGAGCAAAGAGGGGCAGCCUGGGAAAAUGAACAGCUUGGCGUGCCGGUAUGUGCCUGAUUCUCAGUUUUCAUGGAAACUGCCUGUGGGGUGUGAGUUUUUCCUUGCAAGCUCUUGGAUAGGGCCAUCUUCCCAAGCCGAGCAAGCGCAGCGUGUUCUCGUGGCUCGCCGAGGGGCUGUGGUGGUACCCACGGCAAGUAGCAGCAGGACGGUGUCGUUUGGGAUCUCCUGCCAUGCAGUGGAGUAGGGAGCUGCUUGGGCGAACACGCAGUGAUUCAUGGCGCAUCAUCGCAGGAGGAGGCGGCGAGACUGAAUCAGUGGUGCCUGAGGAUGUGUGCAGGCAAGGGAAUAUGCUGCAGGACUGCCCGAAAGCCCGCAGGGAAGUGGAGCUGCACUGGAGGGCAUCGCAGUGCGCGCACAUUGUCCGCAUCAUGGAUGUCUAUGAGAACCUCUACCAGGGGAGGAAGUGUCUGCUCAUCGUCAUGGAGUGCUUGGACGGCGGGGAGCUUUUCAGCCGAAUUCAAGACAGGGGAGACCAGGCCUUCACAGAACGGGAGGCUUCAGAGAUAAUGAAGAGCAUUGGGGAAGCCAUUCAGUACCUACACUCGAUCAACAUCGCGCACCGGGAUGUGAAGCCGGAAAACCUCUUGUACACCUCCAAAAGGCCCAAUGCUGUGCUAAAACUCACGGACUUUGGCUUUGCUAAAGAAACCACCACACACAACUCCUUGGCCACUCCGUGCUACACGCCGUACUACGUGGCCCCGGAGGUGCUGGGCCCGGAGAAGUACGACAAGUCCUGCGACAUGUGGUCCCUCGGUGUCAUCAUGUACAUUCUGCUGUGUGGGUAUCCCCCCUUCUACUCCAACCACGGCCUGGCCAUCUCACCUGGCAUGAAGAAGCGAAUCCGAAUGGGCCAGUACGAGUUUCCCAACCCCGAAUGGUCCGAAGUGUCGGAGGAAGUUAAGCAGCUGAUCCGCAACCUCCUGAAGACUGACCCGACCCAGCGCAUGACAAUAACGGAGUUCAUGAACCACCCCUGGAUCAUGCAAUCCAUGCAAGUGCCCCAGACCCCGCUGCACACCAGCCGCGUGCUGAAAGAGGAGAAGGAUCUGUGGGAGGACGUGAAGGAGGAGAUGACGAGCGCGCUGGCCACCAUGCGAGUGGACUACGAACAAAUCAAGAUCAAGAAAAUCGAAGAUUCCUCAAACCCUUUGCUGAUGAAGAGGCGGAAGAAAGCAAACCCCACCGAGCCCGCCGCGCUCCCCCACUGAGGGUUCCCUACGCCCACCGGCCCUUGAGAAAGCAAUAACUAUAUAUAUAUAUUUUUUAAGAAAAAAGACAAAAAGAGACAGACUGUUAUAUCAAGCGCAUGGAAUUCAGACAUUUAUACCAGACUAGUUAUUUUUAGCUACUCACCUGUGUUUCUGACCUUUCCGGAGCAGGCGGUAAGACCCCCCUGUCAGAUCCACACUCUGCGGCCAGGGGUUUUGUCCUGUUAGGCGAAUGCCGCCGAUAAUUGGAAUUUUUUUCUUUUGUGAAACAGUUUUGAUUAUUUUUUUUUUUUCCUUCCUUCCAAAGACAUGGAAAUUCCUGUGGUGACCUUUUUAGGAUAUAUAACAUAUAAAUAUUUUUUAAAAACUACUGUAGAGCUGAAACCCAGACAGCGUGCUCCCUGCGUGAAUGCUGGCUAGAAAUGGGCUUUGGGCUUGGGAGCGGGUCGGGGAGACGGGGAAGGAGAGCUGCCUUCUCCCCCAUCCCGCUGUGCAUGGCAGGGCUGGUGUUGAGGGGUCCCUGUGAACACUGUGCUUCUUUGCUGGCCUGGAAAACUGCUGCUUUUAAAGCACGGUAGCCAAAACCACC